CACUCGGCCAGUUAAGACGUUGUACACUGGAACCCGGCGCGAGGGAAGCUCUGCCUUAUUCAAGUUUAUCGUUCGUUAAAGAAAUAGGGUCAUACCUCCCGUCCAACGCAGUCUCACAAUAUGACCAGCCCUGUAGAAGUUCCGGUGUUGAGUGUCCGUGACGAGGUUCGGGCCAACCAGGAAAUCCUGCGGUCCCGCUUGACCGGCGCCAUCUCUGAACCACCUCCCGGCGUGCUUGAAGAGGAUCUGCCAUCGGUUCCUCUGAUCGACCUCGGCAGUUCGUUCUCUUCAGACCCGUGUGUUCGCAAAGCUGUCGCUUCUCAGAUACGGGAAGCUUGCACAACGUCUGGUUUCUUCCAGAUCAGCAAUCACGGCGUCCCCGACUCUGCAAUCGCUGACAUCCUGGCUCAAGCUCAUGCGUUCUUUCACAAGCUCACACCAUCUCAAAAAGAUGAAUUGCACAUUCGUCACAGCAAGCUUUUCCGGGGCUAUGAAGCAGGAGGCGAUACUUACGUCAAUCCAGAUGAUAAUGUUGGCGCAGACAUUCCAGAAGUUGAGACAAAAGAAGGAUUUAACGGGGGCUACGAACCAUCUCUCGACCCUGAUUCUACAACCAGUGGUUCCUUUGUAGAACUCGACGGACACCCACCGGCUGGACCUGAUCGGUGCAAUGUUUGGCCCGAAUCUUCGCUGCUCCCUCAUUUCAGGCCAGCUGUUGAAGCGUACUACGCCGAGGUACUCUCACUGGCUCGUCAUCUUUUUCGACUAUUCGCCCUCAGCCUGAAUCUCGAAGAGAAUUAUUUUGACAAGCUUACCACUCACCCUGGCGGUGUCUACCGACUUCUCCACUAUCCGCCUCAGUCACCGGAGCAAAUGUUUGGCAAAGAGAAGACACUGGGGCUUGGCGCGCACACAGACUACGAGUGCUUCACACUCCUUCUGUCGACCGCACACCCGGGCCUCGAAAUUCUGUUCCCACCUUCAACACUGACAGGAAACAAGCCCGUCUGGCGGCCCUGCCCGAUACGCCCAGGGACAUUGACUGUCAAUGUCGCCGACUUUCUGAUGCGAUGGACUAAUGGGUUAUAUAAGUCCACGAUCCAUAGGGUCGUCAGUCGGCCAGUGAGAGAAGUCGUUGACGGCCACGUAGUGCUUAAAGGCAGCGAUGCGCGCUAUAGUGUGCCGUUCUUUUUCAGUAUCAACUAUGAUGCCGAUGUCGAACCACUACCUGAGGAAGCGGUCGGCAUCAGUAAGUUUCAGAAGAUGAAAGCAGGCGAAUAUGUUCUCGAGCGAUUGAGGGCGACUGUUUGAGAUAACCUGCCAAUGUUAUGUUGUCUUUGCGUCGAACGUGCUGAUUAAUUGGUAUGAUGCCUCGUUACUUUGCAAUUACGUACAUGAUCAAAACGGUUGACAGACAGCUAAAGAGGAAGCAAGCAUGUUGAGACAUCUGAGACCACCAACACGGGGAGACCACCAACACGGAUAUCGUGUAUUGUGGAACCUAUACGCACGGAUCAAUCAUAAUUCAUGCUCUAAUACACCAACUUAGGUGCAGUGC